AUGAUCUUUUCCCUGUCCCCCAAUCUUCAAAGACUAGAAUUUUACCAGCUUCUCCCGGUCACGUAUGCGUUACCGGUACAAAUUACUACUCAGAGCCAGGUACACAUCAUUACUCAGAGCCAGGUACACAUCAUUACUCAGAGCCAGGUACAAAUUACUACUCAGAGCCAGGUACAUAUCAUUACUCAGAGCCAGGUACACAUCAUUACUCAGAGCCAGGUACACAGUAUUACUCAGAGCCAUGUACACAGUAUUACUGAGAGCCAGGUACACAGUAUUACUCAGAACCAGGUACACAUCAUUACUCAGAGCCAGGUACACAUCAUUACUCAGAGCCAGGUACAAAUUACUACUCAGAGCCAGGUACACAUCAUUACUCAGAGCCAGGUACAAAUUACUACUCAGAGCCAGGUACAUAUCAUUACUCAGAGCCAGGUACACAUCAUUACUCAGAGCCAGGUACACAGUAUUACUCAGAGCCAUGUACACAGUAUUACUCAGAGCCAGGUACACAGUAUUACUCAGAACCAGGUACACAUCAUUACUCAGAGCCAGGUACACAUCAUUACUCUGAGCCAGGUACAAAUUACUACUCAGAGCCAGGUACACAUCAUUACUCAGAGCCAGGUACAAAUUACUACUCAGAGCCAGGUACACAUCAUUACUCAGAGCCAGGUACACAUCAUUACUCAGAGCCAGGUACAAAUUACUACUCAGAGCCAGGUACAUAUCAUUACUCAGAGCCAGGUACACAUCAUUACUCAGAGCCAGCUAACCAUACUGGGACUCCGUGAGGAAGCGCUGCAAUAA